AAAAUUUCACUAAUUAUACCAGUCAACUAAAAAACACAAACGAGAAAAACAUGUGGUCGUGAAAUGUACUACUAGCUUGGCAGGGAUAAAUUGGGGUCACCAUCUGUAAACUUCACCCACUUAGCUCCAUCAAACGCAUUUUGCUAACGUGCGCACUCUCCUUCUCUCUUGUUUCUACCAUGGCUAUUCCUCUCCAAUUCUCUACUAUCUCCACUCGCUCCGACCUCUCUUUGCCGGAGACUAGAACUUUCCGGUUUCCCAAACCUUUAUCCGCCGUCGUCCGAUGCUCCGCCGGCGAAGCUGCUCCUUCUUCAUCGGCUACUGCUGAGUCGGAGUUCGAUGCUAAGGUUUUCCGGAAGAACUUGACGAGAAGUUCUAAUUACAAUCGUAAAGGUUUUGGUCACAAAGAAGCUACUCUUGAACUCAUGAAUCGCGAGUAUACUAGUGAUAUCAUAAAGAAAUUGAAGGAGAAUGGAUAUGAGUAUACAUGGGGAAAUGUUACCGUAAAACUUGCAGAGUCCUAUGGUUUCUGCUGGGGAGUAGAGCGUGCAGUUCAGAUUGCUUAUGAAGCGAGGAAACAGUUUCCAGCGGAGAGGAUUUGGAUAACCAAUGAAAUUAUUCACAACCCCACUGUGAAUAAGAGACUAGAGGAUAUGGAAGUUAAGAAUAUUCCUCUUGAGGAAGGGAAGAAAAACUUUGAUGUUGUUGACAAGGGUGAUGUUGUGGUUUUGCCUGCUUUUGGCGCCGCUGUUGAUGAAAUGUUGGUUUUGAGUGAUAAAAAAGUACAAAUUGUUGAUACAACCUGCCCGUGGGUGACGAAGGUUUGGAAUACCGUUGAAAAGCACAAGAAGGGAGAAUAUACCUCCAUUAUCCAUGGUAAAUAUUCUCAUGAGGAGACUGUUGCGACUGCAUCCUUUGCUGGGAAGUACAUCAUUGUGAAGAACAUGGCAGAGGCAACUUAUGUCUGUGAUUAUAUUCUUGGAGGUAAACUUGAUGGUUCUAGCUCAACCAAAGAGGAAUUUAUGCAGAAAUUUAAAUAUGCAGUUUCCGAAGGGUUUGAUCCGGAUGUUGAUCUUGUAAAAGUUGGUAUUGCAAACCAAACUACGAUGUUGAAGGGAGAAACAGAAGAUAUUGGGAAGUUGGUCGAGAAGACCAUGAUGCAAAGAUUUGGGGUGGAAAAUAUUAACAACCACUUCGUAAGUUUCAACACUAUAUGCGAUGCAACUCAAGAGCGUCAAGAUGCAAUGUAUAAGCUGGUGGACGAAAAGCUGGAUCUUAUGUUAGUGGUUGGUGGUUGGAACUCAAGUAACACUUCACAUCUACAGGAGAUUGCAGAGGAACGUGGAAUUCCCUCAUACUGGAUUGACAGUGAGCAGAGAGUAGGUCCUGGAAACAAAAUAAGUUACAAGUUAAUGCAUGGUGAGUUGGUUGAGAAAGAGAAUUUCUUACCAGAUGGUCCUAUUACAAUUGGGGUGACAUCUGGUGCAUCCACUCCUGAUAAGGUUGUUGAAGAUGUCCUUAUCAGGGUGUUUGAUAUCAAGCGUGAAGAAGCCUUACAAUUGGCCUAAACAAGACUGUGGAGCCCCGAGAUAACAAGAGUGCUGCAAUUUGGGUCCCCCCCCACCCUGCGCUCCCAAAAAAAAAAAAAAAGAAAAUCUUUGUAGGAUAUGCUGCAGGUGCUAGUUCAAGUAUGCUAAAUAUACGCCUUCUUGUUUAUGUAUGACUCAAGCUUUUCAAUAUUAGUAUGGCACUGUCAGAAUCAAUGCCAAUUUGCUGGGGA